AUGACUAGCGGAAGACUUUCAGGAAAGGUAGCCAUCGUCACUGGUGCUGCAGGCGGUAUCGGGUUUGAAACAGCCGCCCUUUUUGCUAAAGAAGGUGCCAAAGUUGUAUGUGCCGAUGUGAACGAAGCGGGCGUCCAAAAGUCUGUAUCAAAAAUUAUCGAACUUGCUGGUGCCGGCUCUGCUAUCGCAUUUAAAGUUGAUGUAUCUAAGGAAGAGCAAAUCAAAGCUUUGGUUGAAAAGGCUGUAAAUACAUUUGGUAAGUUUUUAAUAUCACCAAAAAAAAAAAGUCGCGUGUAA